CUGACUGACCUGAGCGAAGUUUAGUGUUUGUCACUCACGCACGGAAGGCAACGUUGUAAUUUCUACACACACACACACACAUAUAUAUAUGGUGUGUCGAAUUACUUUUACAUUACUACAGCCUGCGUUACAAAAUGUGAACUUUCAACAGGCUGAUAUAUUUCAGCGGUGCUAUAGGACGGGCUAACGUUUGCUAACAGUUAAGCUAGUUGGCAGAGACGCGGUAAUGUUUUACACGCAGCUCCUCACAACGCUGCAGCGCACACGGUACGCUGUACACACCUGCAUCCUAACUCAAACUGCUUUCCACAAGAGAGCCCAGGCUCCGUGGCCUCUUUUGGCAUGUUUCACGCAGAGACAGCGGGGUAUUUAUGUGGAUUUCUCGGCGAGAAACAAAAGCGGCGCAGAGCACAGGGGAGGUGGGCAGAAGUCAGUGUCCAGGUAUGAAAGAAGAGCUCCAAAGCCUUCAGCUGGACAGAAAGUGAAGGAAGCUGGCAGAGACUUCACGUAUUUCAUGGUUGUUCUCAUUGGGCUUGGAGUGACAGGUGGGUUGCUUUACGUGGUGUUCCAUGAAUUAUUCUCAUCCUCAAGUCCAAAUAAAAUCUACGGCAAAGCCUUUGAUAAAGUCAGAUUACACCCAGAGGUGAUUGGAGCAUUUGGGGAACCAAUCAAGUGUUAUGGUGAGACUACCCGUCGAGGGAGGCGGCAGCAAGUCAGUCAUUUGGAGUACCUGAAGGACGGAGUGAAGCACAUGAGACUUAGGUUUUACAUUGAAGGCGCCGAACCAGGUCUCAAAGGAACUGUACAUUCAGAAUCAAAAGAGAAAUGGUGAUUUGUGCUGUACAGGGAUGUAGCAAUGGGAAAUACAAGCUUGACAAAUGGAAAUUAAAUGCAUGUGAUGUUCAUCCAGGGACAAAAAAGGGAUGUGGAAGCUGUAUUUGCCCUCCCCCUUUUGUGUUAUACCCCUUUCCAACAGAGAGGAAGGACCCAAAUGCCCGCAAACACUGGAUUCGACUCAUUAAUAGGAAAGAUAUAAAGACGGGAAAAAACUGGAUGCCAAGACAUUUCUCCAGAGUGUGUUCUGUUCACUUUCCAGAUGGCAGCCCAACAGACACGCACCCAUACCCCACCCUGAAUCUUGGUUAUGUCACCCGAGGGAGGGGGGGCAAACCACGUAAGCCACUAGCAGAACGACACAUGUUACAAGUUAAGAAGACGGAACCAGAAGAACCCAUAAAAAUCAAGGUUGAAGACACUUUUGAUUCAGUGCCAGUAGAUGAUCACAAAGUCCCUGAGAAUGCCAGUGAGCACAAUUGGCAUAAUUACUGUAUUCAUGAUAAGGGCUGUGAAGGAUGCAACAAAUUAGCCAAAGAGCUGAAGUGCGCAGUUCAAGAAUUUGAAACACUCACAGAUCAAUUGGAAAUCCAGUCUAAGAACAAGAAUGUUCGUAAUACUACUGUGAUAAACAAAUUCAUCAGAACUGAUAAGAAGGUACGCCAAAAUACAGGGUUGCCAAAUCAAAGUACUUUGGACUCAUUAUACAGUCACCUUGAGCCAAGGUUGAAAGAAAUGCGGUAUUGGGGUGGAGUGAAAAAAGUGACCAGUACCAAGAUUUUCAGGAGAUGUAAAAAAUCAUCAAAUAAGCGUGAGCCACAGAGAAAAUUGAAUGGGAAGAGUGAAUUUGUGCUUGUGUUAAUGAAGCUUAGACUGGGACUUUCAAACAUAUUCCUGAGUGACCUGUUUAACAUUAGCGUGAGUACCUGCUCCAAGAUAUUCAACACAUGGAUACGCUUCCUUGCUAAAGAACUGAAACCACUGAUUUAUUGGCCAUCCGGAGACAUAAUACGGAAAUUGCUUCCACCAAGCCUGGCAUCAAAAUAUUCAUCAUUACGAUGCACACUGGACUGUAUGGAAGUGUUCAUUGAAAGACCGAACCAUUUAGAACUGCAGGCUAUGACAUGGUCAGACUGCAAAAAGCACAGUACGGUGAAAUACCUCAUUGCCAUUGCACCUAAUGGCAUGAUUACUUUCUUGUCUGAAGGUUACGGAGGGGGAGGAUCAGACAAAGACAUUGUCAUUGCCUCUGGAUUUUUGGACCUUUUGGAUCCUGGUGAUGAAAUCCUUGCUGACCGUGGUUUCAUUAUAAACGGUGAACUUCUGAUGCACCAUGCUAAACUGCACAUCCUUCCUCCCAGCUUAAGCAUUGAUCAACAAACUACUGCUGAUGUUGCAAA